UUGAUAUUGAUAGAGUACGUUGAAUACGCUCUUUGUUAACAAACGUAAUUGUUCCUCUAAUCGAAGUUUAUGCGUCGUAUUAGUAUUAGUGCGUCAAGAUCACCCCAACGGAAAAUAGACGUGAUCUUAAGCUAUAAUGGCAGAGGAGUUGCAGAAGGCACAUCUUUACUAUGAUGACAUUAAUAAAAUAAGAGUAUUAGAAAAUAAUGUACUGAAAGAAACUAUUGAUUUAAAAGACACCUGCAAGGAUUAUGAUUCAAAAGUCCAAGAUUUCGGUAAAAUUAUAAACUCAUUAUUGGAAGUACUGAAAGAACUUGGUGACAAUGUGGAGAAGCAGAAAAUGGCUGCAAUAGGAGCGAUGAACCUUUUGAAAUCAAUCACCAAGGAAAGGGAAUCCGAACAAGCGAAACUCCAAGCUGAAAUCAACGAUAAGACAAUGAUUCUAGAACAACUAGACAGCGAGUAUGAUGCUCUGCAGAUCCUAGAAGCCACACAAAUGGAGACUAUUGAGUAUUUAACACAAAUUAGAUAAGGUCAUAUCAUCGUCAAAUACAAUAAAACUAAGACACAGUCUGCAAAAAUGUAAUUUUCAUUGAAACACACAUGAAAAAGUAAGAAUGCAGUUUCUAUUAUCAACAUAAAAGUAUUAUAAUGGGGUUACUUGCGCAAAUUAUUACUUAUAGAUGAAAAAAUUGAAAUUAUUCCAAAAUUAAAGAAUUGAUUACAAUUUAUAACAAAUAUAAACUUGAUUUAUAACUGUUUCAUGAUCAUUACAAAUAAAGUGAUUAAACUUCACUAUUAACCUGUGAUUACAAAAAUAUAACUAUUACUAGGGUUUAACAUACAUAAAUUACUGAAUUUUAUACAUUUCUUCACGUUUCCGAUUGUUUUAGGAAUAUGCCAAAUUGUCGAGGUCUAUACCAAUCACCAAAUACAACCAAAAUUUUAUCUAUAUCCACUGGCACAUCAUAAUAUAAGGUACUAUUUAAAUAAAAAACCAACUUGGCGAGGGUUUCCGUCUCGC